CCCCCAACAACACUCGUCCUCUUUCGCAUCAAGCAGCAGUGAAGAUUUCGAAUUGUAUCAGUUCAGCUCAAUACAGAUUCAAUUUGCAAGUAACCAAAAUGUCUGGAGGAAAGUAUGUACGUGCCCCCGGUUACAAGGAUAACUCGGAAUAUAACGAUUAUCUUAUCGACGACAUGUGGGCUGACGAGUCAGAUAUCGAAGGACAGGAAGAAAGACAAGAUGAUUACAGUGGUGGAGAUAGCGACGACAGCUCUGGCUUCGGCGGUGUAUACGACAACGUUGAGGAAUCAACUGCUGAGGCGGCCGAUGAAGAAAAAGCAGUCAAUAUCGACGGAAAUAAGGACUACUCUCACCAAAUAAAACAAAUGCAAGCCACUCUGGACCAACUAGUGCAAGCCAUGGGUUCCAAUCAACCAAUGUGGGGAUCUAACACGGUGCCUCGUCAGACUGAAGACAGCUGGAAUACUGGAAACGUUAACGUUGGAGCUACGACUAGCACAGCUAGUAUCCGCUGGGAAAACAUACAGCCGUUUCCCAAUGACGUUCCGGCAAACAGGAUGUGGGAGCAGUGGAGUCGCUUCAUCGAUCGGUUCGAAAUUGCUGUUUCCCUCUCCAAUAUCAAUGAUCCAGUCAAACGGGCUCAAAUGCUUUAUUUGUCAAUGGGAGAAAAGUUACAAGGAAUAGCCCGGGCGGCUAGACUACGGCCGAGCCUUCAAGAACCUGACUGUUACGGCAUUUUCGUGGGUAACAUCGAAAGUUACCUUCGUUCUAUGGUAGACGUCACAGCCGAACAUGAAACGUUCACCAACCUGAAGCAGGAACCAAACGAACCGACGAUUGCAUUCCAUGCUCGGCUGAUGGAAAAAGUUCGUCUAUGCGGUUAUAGUAGCGAAGAUCAGGACCGGUUCGUACGGGCGCAACUAUUGAAAGGAAUGCGGAACAAAGAUUUGGUAAAAACUGCACGAACUUUUGGCUAUGAGACCCUUUUCGUAGUACAAUCUGCUACCCGCGAGGAGGCAUACACUGCUGAAACGGCACAAUCGGAUCCCAAUCAAGCAUUCGCAAUAGCCCAGCAUCAUGUCCGAGCACCUGGAAAAUCACAGCAAUGGAAGCGAAAGAACGAAGAAGCGGAUGAUAGGUGGAUCGACUCGAAAAGACGCGCGAUGGUCGAACGCAGGAACCGAGGAAUGGGACGUCGAUCACGGUGUCCUAAGUGUAACCGUCUUUUUCACAAAUUCGGAUCAUGCCCGGCAAUCAACGUUAACUGCAACACUUGCGGUGAACGGGGACAUUUUGCUAUAGUAUGUCGAAGGAAAAUUGCCAACCAGUUACGCGCGGAGCGGGAUAAUUCACCAGGCUGGAAAAUGGAUGAAAACGACGAAAAGGUAAAAACGUGA